GCGUCACUGUUGUUGAUCUCCAACAGUCCACACUGAAACUACUACUCUGAUCCCAGUGGAUCCCAGUGUUUUUUAAAUGGACACGGGCGGAUUUUCUUCUGAAAAACAUUUUUUUUCGCACUUCAUGUUAAUGUUCCCGGAUUCAUAAAAGUGCUGCAACUCUGUGGGCCAAUAUUGUCGCAGCAUUGUCGACAGUUUGGUUGUGGAUACAUCUUCUUUUUCUUUUCUUUUUUUUUGAUAACAUGCUGUCAUUGCCUACACCAGAAGAACUUCCACUGACAAUCACAUCAGGGCAAUCACGUCCGGAAACAUGGAAACUGCCUUUUGAGCACUGCCAAACAAGACUGCCAAGCUGUGAAAUGUAAGCAAGUAACUGCAACGUAAAGAAAAAAAACUUUGAUUUCGUGAGCAGAUUUAUGAUACUUGGAAAGAGGUGCGGAUUCUUCCGUUUUGUUAACUUUGACCUGAAAAACACAACCUUGGCUUAUGAUAAUGGACGUCAACCUGAGCACUUCAGCGUCCUAUGUGAUCAACAGAACCGAACCGUACCACCCAGCGGCGGGACCCUGGAGCCUCAUCGUCCUGGUCAUCAUCAUACUGACUAUAGUGGUGGGGAACCUGCUGGUCAUCAUCGCCGUGGCUCGCACUUCACAGCUACAGACGACGACAAACAUUUUCAUCAUGUCCCUGGCGUGCGCCGACCUCAUCAUGGGGGUCCUCGUGGUGCCUCUUGGGGCCACCAUUGUUGUGACGGGCAACUGGCAGCUCAGUGACACCUUCUGCAACUUCUGGACGUCUGUGGACGUCCUGUGCGUGACGGCGAGCAUCGAGACGCUCUGCGUCAUAGCGGUGGAUCGGUACAUAGCCAUUACGAGGCCGCUCCGGCACAAGGUUCUUCUCAACAAGUGGCGCGCCAGGGUAAUAGUUUGUUUAGUGUGGGUUUUGUCCGCUUUAAUUUCCUUUGUACCAAUUAUGAAUGGGGAUUGGCGCGUCAAGGACGACGAAGACGACAUAGUGGCGAAAAAGUGCUACGAUACCCCGACGUGCUGUGACUUUGUGACCACCAGGGUCUUUGCUAUUAUCUCUUCCAUAGUGUCCUUUUACAUUCCACUGCUCAUAAUGAUAUUUGUGUAUGCCAAAGUCUUUCUAAUAGCCACACGGCAGGUCCAGCUCAUAGACAAGAAUCGCAUGCGUUUCCAGAACGAUUGUCCAACGGCGCAGGUGCAAGUCGUCCCCCACGUCAACAAUGUCCUGCAAACGGCGUGCGCAGGCUCCAGCGGCUGCAGCAGCAGCGCGGCGCGCAGAAAGAGUGCCAAGCGGAGGCCGUCGCGGCUGAUGCUCGUCAAAGAGCACAAGGCCCUCAAGACUUUGGGGAUCAUCAUGGGGACCUUCACCGUGUGCUGGCUGCCGUUUUUCGUCGCCAACAUCAUCAACGCAUUUGAAAGAGACAUUCCCUCCGAGAGGAUCUUCCGACUGUUAAACUGGCUGGGUUACAUCAACUCCGGCCUCAAUCCUAUCAUCUACUGCAGGAGUCCAGAGUUUCGAACCGCGUUCAAGAACCUGCUGGGCUGUCCGUGGCUGUCAACCAUGUGGGUCAAUAAUUUCUACAAAGAGCUGCGGACUCGCUGCUCCUGCUUUCUGUGGCAGGCUGAGUCAGGCACGGCCGGCUCUUUCCAAAAGUCUCCAACCUGUAAGACUGAGGGCAGCGGGAGUCUGGCCAGUACUCUUGGAAGCAGCAAAAGUGACGGCAGCAUACAGUUCAGUGACUUAACAGAGCCAGAAUCCAAUUUCUUCACAUUACAGGAAAAGCACGGAUGAACUGUAGAAAAGUCAAGCUACUGCAGCAAACUAUGCUCCCCAGCCGUUAGUGUGAUCCCCGCGGAGGCUGAGACCAAACUGCAGGGAAGGCAGGCUGAAGAAAAGCACAGCCGGCGGCCCUGAUGAACCUUGCUGAA